AUCUGAGUUUGAGGAAAAAUUUACCGCUUCAAUAAUACAGUAGAGAAAGAUGACGGAUCAUGCUGGAGCCGGGGAACCAAUGGUUCAAUCUGACCAGCCACGGAGAUCGUCCGAUGUGAAAUUUACAGACAGAACUGGACCGGUCGGCUCGGUGCUGAACUGUUUAUUUGCCUGCCCCAAAUGGAUGAAGGACAACCUCCUGCUGGUGCUAACAAUCGCUGGGGUUGUGCUGGGAAUCAUUCUGGGCUUUGCUCUUCGUAAUGCCGAACCCUCAGCAGAUGCCAUUAUGCUCAUCUCCUUCCCUGGAGAUGUCCUCAUGCGCAUGUUGAAAAUGCUUAUCGUGCCUUUGAUUAUCAGCUGCAUGAUCACAGGUUUGGCUAAUCUCGACGCCAAAAGCUCAGGAAAAAUGGGUCUGCGAGCUAUUGUGUACUAUUUCGCAACGACCUUCUGCGCCAUUGUCUUGGGCAUUAUUCUCGUGGUGUCUAUCCAUCCUGGAUACGAAGACAACAGUCUCAGAAAGAGAAGCAAAACGGAAAAACAUCCUCCCACCUCUCUGGACGCGUUUUUGGACUUGAUUCGAAAUAUUUUCCCCCAAAACAUAAUGCAAGCCUGCUUCCAACACACCAAGACAGUUUACGUGGAAGAGGAGCCAGAGGAAUACAUCCUGACUACGCUCAAGAAUUCCACUAACUCCAUUAACGAAACAUUUACCAGCACCGUGUCCUCCGUUAUAACCACCACCCAGACGAUCAUCACAGAAAUGAACGGCACCAACAUAACCAGCAACAUCACAGAGCAGACAGUGACCAAGUGGGUCAGAACGUACCCGAUGGCUGAUGGUGUCAAUGUCCUAGGUAUCAUCACAUUCUGCACCGCUUUCGGCAUCUUGAUCAGCAACAUGGGCCCCAAAGCCCAGAUCAUGAUUGACUUUUUCUCUGUCCUCAAUGAAAUCAUCAUGAAGAUGGUCACCAUGGUGAUGUGGUACUCCCCUAUCGGCAUCAUGUUUCUGAUCUGUGGAAAAAUUCUUGCCCUGGAGGACCCGGAGAAGGUUGGCAAACAGCUGGGUAUGUACAUGGUGACCAUCCUGGUGGGCCUGGCCGUCCACAGCAUGAUGAUCCUGCCCACCAUUUACUUUUUGCUGACCCGGAAGAACCCGCUGCGUCUGAUGUGGGGCGUGAUUCAAGCUUAUGUCACAGCGCUGGGUACUUCUUCCAGCACUGCCACUUUGCCAGUGACGUUCCGAUGCCUGGAAGAGAAUCUCAGUAUUGACCGCAGAGUCACCAGAUUUGUCCUGCCUAUCGGAGCAACCAUCAACAUGGACGGCACUGCUCUCUACGAGGCUGUUGCUCCGAUCUUCAUUGCACAAAUGAACGGAAUGGACCUGAGCUUUGGAAAAAUCAUUGCUAUCAGCGUGACGGCAACAUGUGCCAGUAUUGGUGCAGCCGCCAUUCCAAGCGCAGGGCUGGUUACCAUGGUGAUGGUGCUCACGUCUGUUGGUCUCCCAGCUGAUGACAUCAGUCUCAUUCUCGCUGUGGACUGGUUCUUGGAUCGCUUCCGUACAGCCACCAAUGUUCUCGGUGACAGCUUUGGCGCUGCGAUUGUCGAGCAUCUCUCGCGGAAAGAACUUGAGGAUGACCAACAUCGCCCCCUGGACGAUGCCAUUGAAUUUGACACUCGUGAAAACGGGAAGCGUCAGUCCUUUGGCAAUGAUACCAGCGCCAAAGGUGGGAUAGAAGAUCAACUCUGAGUCAUUCCUUCAGAAGAAAAUGGGCCCUUCUGAACUUCAGGUUUUUCCCUGAAUGUCAUAGCAUUCUACCAGGUGAACGAAAAGUUCACCUGAAGGCCAUCUACGGAUCAAAAAAAUUAAUAUCUUAAGUGAUUCUUAUGUUUCAUUCCCUCAUAAGUAAAUGACUUUUUUAUUUUCAUACUGCCUACUUCUGUUUUACUGGGAGCAGAGAGCUUUUCCCUCAAUCUGAAGGAAUGUAUUUGGGAUUUUUUUUUAGAUUAGACGCAUUUGUUUGGAGCUUUUAUUAAAUAUGUUUGUGGUUUUUUUAGAAUGAAUUUCAACUUUCAAAUGCACAUCUCUCAGUUGUUUUGUAUUCAGUCUGUUUCAUCUUUGACAGUUUUUCCUUGAUUUUAGUUCACACUUAGCUCAGAUGGUAUAGUGGUAGGCCAUGGUAUGGAAAACUUUGGUUUGAACCUCCUAUUUGGAGAAAUUUUUCAAGGUUUUUCUAUAUAGGCCUAUGUUGGUCAAACCUGUGGGAGGUUGCUGUUACAUUUGGAGAUCCUGAUUAUCAAAUAUCCAUACAGGGUAAAAAUCAUAAAAUUUACCAAUUACCCUUUGAGAUUUUUAAUAUAGAAACUUUCCCAUCGUCAAAGUUUGAAUCUUAAACCUUGAAUCUCUUCUGUGUCAAACAUUUGAAGGAGUGCAGGAUUAAACUGGAAAAAAAAUUCCUGCUAUUCUGUUUUUAACCUGUUUUUAAAUGGUUAGAGAUUUUAACAAAUUUCAUUAUACUUGGAUUUUAAUAAAUUGAUCCGUAGAUAGCCCUAAUGUCAUCAAAUUUCUUUACAUCUGGGCUCGGGCAAAAUUUUAUGUAAGGGUUUCUGCCAAUGUCACUGGAAAUGCAGAGGUUUAGACAACAAAAACAACUGUAGAGUAUUUGGGUAGAGGGUGCGGGGAGAGAGGUGGGGAGAGAAAUUGUCACAGUCCAUUUUGUUUUUGUUAUGUUAAUUCUAAGUCAGCACAUUGCCUGUAUAAAAAGCCACGAGAUGUUUCAGUGUGUUGCAUAAAGCCAUUAAAUGAAUAUUCAGUCUCCAUUUUCCCACAUCGCAAAAUCAAUUAAACUAUUAGGAAAAUUUCAGUUUUACUGAACAAAAGCUAAAGGAAAUGGAAGACUACCGUGAAAGACAUUUACCCUUAUUAUAGGACGGCCUAACAUUCUCAGGAACAUAAUAUAUAUUUGUGAACAGUGUAGAUUUUAUUGAUGAUGUAGUGCCAGUAAAACAGGUAUUACUUUCUAUGGCUCUGUACAGUGCAUACGGUGUCAGUCUAGUUCAGCUUAGUGUUGAGCAAAAAGUGACUGCGUUCCUGUAAGACUUAUUUUACUAAGAAUUGAAGCAAAACUAUAAUAUGAUUCCAUCUCUUUCCUCGUAUAAUGUUAGUUCAUGAAACUGAAGAGCCAUUUCUGAAUUUAUUUUUUUUUGGCUUUUAUUUUUACUCAUACAUACAUAUAGUUUAGAGCCAUUUUAUGUCCUAUGAUUUUGACCUCAUUAAAUUUCGCUUCAGUCACCUGGCCACUUUCUGCCUGACACCAUCCAAACUGUUCAAUUUUUGUGGGCUUCGAGUGAAAUAGGUUCCAACUUCAUCUUGAGUAUUAUAUGAUAUUGAUGCCGGAACUUUUUUCCUUAGGGCUCAUGCUGUGUAAGACUGGUCAACCUUGCUAUCGUCAUAACUGUGGCCCCCUGAGUGAAAUUUCAAAUUUUUGGAAAAGCUAAGAAAAUGUGUCUGGAGCUUUGUUUAACCGUAUAGAUGGGACUGCACUAUGUUAACCCUUUUGUGCACAAAA